AUGAAUAGAUCGGAGAUCUCUUCGCACCGGAAGUCUUUGGACACCAAUAAUAAGAGGGAUUAUAUCGACGGAUACUUAGCGGAGAUGGAAGUGAGACAACGAAAGGAUCCCAACACUCACUUCAACCUGAAGGCAUUGGAUGCAAACGCCAGAGCAUUCUUCGGGGCCGGCAGUGAAACGGUGAGGACGACCACUGAAUGGUUGCUAUUAUUGUCCGCCAAAUACAGCGAACACCAGAAGAGGAUUCACUCAGAGAUCGAUUCUGUGGUCGGAAGAGAUCGGAGUCCCUGUUAUGCCGACAGACUUCAUAUGCCGUUCACUCAGGCGUUCAUUAACGAAGUGAUGAGAUAUAAGACUACUAUUCCCGCGUUCAUUAACGAAGUGAUGAGAUAUAAGACUACUAUUCCUGUAAAUCUGAUGAGAAGGACAACAGAAGACACGUCAGUUUUGGGUCAUUUCAUACCUAAAGACACACAAGUUUUAGCCAAUAUAUGGGCCGUUCAUAACGAUCCUAAAGUAUGGCAUAAACCGCAAGACUUUAAUCCGAAACGAUUCCUCACAAGUGAUGGCAAAGAAUUGCUUAAAAUAGAGGCUUUGAUACCAUUCUCUUACGGUAAACGCAAUUGUGUCGGAGAAACGUUAGGACGAGUGGAGGUAUUCCUGUAUUUCGCAUCACUUCUGCAAAAAUACACAAUAAGUGCAGCAAAUGAUGAGGUGUUGACUCUGGAGGAG